AUGACAUCUAUGGAAAAUAAUGAAACCAGCAUCAGAUCGUUGAACGAUAUAAACCUUGAGGAGUUGGCUAAGAGGCAACAGCAACAGAAUAUAUUUGUACCACAGCCAGAUUACAUGGAUGAAGGCAUCGAUAGUAAAAUGAGCCAGACAAGCCAGCAGGCAACUUCGAAUAAUAGCAAUCAGAACUCUAGACUGGGAGAUAAUCAGAACCUGAGCGAAACACAACAAAAUAAUGACAAUAAUACUUCUAGCCAGGCACAGAGUUUGAGCGACCCGCAGAGCCUGGGUGGCCACCUCUCGUCAAAGCAGCUGCUGGCACUGUUGCUGCGUCAUUCUAAGCGAGACACAACAACCAAGGGCAAAUACACCUUGAACGAUUUCCAAAUAUUGAGAACUUUGGGUACUGGGUCGUUCGGCCGUGUGCAUCUCGCCAGGUCUAUCCACAACGGUCGGUUUUACGCAAUGAAAACUUUGAAAAAGGAGCGUGUGGUCAACAUGAAGCAGGUGGAGCACACUAACGAUGAAAGAAGAAUGCUUAAGCUUGCACAACAUCCUUUCAUCAUCAGGAUGUGGGGAACUUUCCAAGACUGUAGAAACUUGUUCAUGAUUAUGGAUUAUAUAGAAGGGGGAGAGUUGUUCUCUCUUUUGAGGAAAUCACAAAGGUUCCCAACCCCUGUAGCGAAAUUCUAUGCAGCUGAAGUGUUUUUGGCUAUAGAAUACCUCCACAAUUUGGAUAUUAUCUAUCGUGAUUUGAAGCCUGAAAAUAUCUUGCUAGACAAGAAUGGGCACAUCAAAUUAACUGAUUUUGGGUUUGCAAAAGAAGUGGUGGAUGUCACGUAUACAUUGUGUGGUACUCCUGACUAUAUCGCACCGGAAGUAGUGGCUACCAAGCCUUACAACAAAUCUGUGGAUUGGUGGUCAUUCGGAAUAUUAAUAUUUGAAAUGCUCACUGGUUACACUCCCUUCUAUGACCCAACACCAAUGAAAACAUACGAGAAUAUAUUAAACGGGACCAUAACAUACCCUGAUUACUUACCACCCGACGUGUUGGAUUUAUUGCAAAAGUUGAUUGUCAAAGACUUGUCAAAGAGAUUGGGUAACUUACAAGGAGGAUCUGACGAUGUGAAGAAUCACUUGUGGUUCAAGGAGGUUAUCUGGGAGAGAUUACUUUCCAGAGACAUUGAGACUCCUUACGAGCCUCCAAUCACCAGUGGUGUAGGAGAUACCUCCCAGUUUGACAGAUAUCCAGAAGAUAAGGAUUUGGAUUAUGGUAUCAGCGGAAUAAACGAUCCAUAUGGUGGGAUGUUUUCGGACUUUUGA